AUGACAAGAGAAAACAAUAGUAUAUUAAAUAAUACUAAACUUAGUUAUUAUAACGAGUAUGUGACUAAACGUUUAAUUGCUAGAAAUUAUGUGAUUUCAAACAAAAGCUAUAAGAGGAAAAAAAUAGAUAAAACAAAAUUUUUUAUUAAAUAUUUUUUAUUUACACAUUACCUUUGGAUAUUACUUUAUUCUAACAGUAAUCGUUCACAUUAUGGCGUAUAUGAUGAAGCAAAAGGAAUAAAUGCCACAUUAAUUUUAAGACCUUACAGAUUACUAGUUACAGUUGAUUAUGUUGAGAUUCAAGAACCAGAAGAAACAAAUUCAGAACCAAAUGAAAAAAAAAAACAUGAAUUUAAAUCAGAAAACGAAAUUAAGGAAUUCAGGUCAAAUGGUGAAGUAUCUAAAGACCAUAUGGACAAUGUAGAAAAGAGUUCUAAUUAUAAUGAUAAAAAUGAUGAUACAGAUUUAUAUAGACGAAAUUUAGAUUCAUUAACAGGAAAAACUAUUAAUGUAGAAAUUAAUGAUGAUAUAUUAAAAAAUAAAUGUAGUUUAUUAAAAUUUUACAUGGGCGAUGAAGCAAAUUACACAACAGAUAAAGACCCUUUUUCUAAAGAAAAUAUAGAAAAAAGGAAAAAGAGAAAGAUUAUAACAAUAAUAGAAUAUUUUUAUCGAGGAAUUGCUUUUAUAGCUAUGAUCGCUUUCUUUGCAUGUAUAUGUUUUAAAGCAGAGAAUUAUAUUAUACCUCUAUUUUUUGUUGCAUUUGUACUAUCUUUGUUAAUAUUUUGUAAACCAAAUAGAAGACGCUUUAUAUAA